UCGGUGGAGAGCCGCCGGAGCUUGCCGCCGCCAUGUUGCCCGCGCUGGUUGCUCCGCUGGUGGCGCUGCUGUCCGCGUGCGCGAGCGCAGGAGUGCACAAAAAUGGACCUUCUGCCCGGAUGUACAAUCGUGGCGACCGCAGCAUCAAUACAUACGGGUCACUUCACCUGCCUCCCGGGUGCAUGUACGAAGGGCGGUGGUUCACUGAGGGUGCGGUGGUGACAACCCACGAGGCGUGUUUGAGUUGCACGUGUGCUAAGGGUGCGCUCUCGUGCCGCCGUCGAGCAUGCGCCGCUCUACCUGACCCACCCCCACACCGGUGCCACAUCCUCCAUCGUAAAGGAUCUUGCUGUCCAGAACUACAUUGUCCUGAUGGAAUUACUUCAAUGGAACAUGGCGCAUCAGCCAGAUUGGAGGUAGAAGAUUUCUCCGACAUCGCCACACCAGCCUCUGUUAUUCACGCUUGCGUGGAAGGUGGUAGUGUAUACUCCGCGGGGUCUGCAAUGAGCUCGAGCACAGCUUGCGAGCAGUGCUUCUGUUUGGGCGGGGGGCGGCGAUGCGUGCGACCUCGCUGCCUGCCGCCCCCACCCGGGUGCAGGGCGCGGCCAGCCCCGGGAGCCUGCUGCCCGCAGAAGUACUACUGCAAUCAUAUCAGUACUAAACCUCCUGAACAGAUGAAUAUCCAUGAUUGCAAAGUAGCAGGAGAAUGGAUUUCCGAAGGAGAGAGGGCAAUUGUAGCUGAAAUUAAGAGCAAUUGCACGCAGUGCUUCUGUCUUCGUGGUUCGGUUCGCUGUCAGCCUCUUGCUUGCGCACCACCUCUCCUCGGCUGCAAGCCAUUACUGCGGCCAGGACAGUGCUGCCCUCAUCAAUAUUACUGUGAUCACAAAGAACAUGGUCUCGUUACACCGUACGUAUCAAUGCCAUUGGAUAAUAGCUUGAUUUCAGUCAGAAGUAACGAUCGCUCGUUUCAUAAUAAAUUUACUGAUCAGGAAACUACAACAAAAAUUAUGUCCACGAGCACUAACGCGGCUAAAACUUCUGUGUCGAAUACAAACCCAAAUACUACUACAACAACUAAAGUAAAAAGAAAGACUAAUGAUCCACCUGUAGUAAAAUCUCAGAAACUUAUUGAAAAUGUUAAAACAUCGACAACACUAUCACCGACUACGGCCACCGGAAAUGAUGAAGAAAAUAAUAUUACAACAGAAAAUAUUUCAACAGAACAACCCCCGGAAACAAUAAAAAUCACGAUCAAUGGAACGAUAAACUGCACUGCAGAGUUAUCAUCUACAUCUCUUCCUCUAAAUAUUACAAUGAAUAACACAAACAAGAUCGAACUUGAAGCUCAACCUCGGAUACCGAUUAUCAACAAAAUUGAUAUCGAAGCUCAAACUUUCUCUCCUAAUGACAUUAUUACUGAUAGAAAUCUUAAUGGAGAUUUUGAUGAGAAUGAAUCUUUCGUUAUUAAUGUAACUAGUUCUUUGAUGACAAAUAUGAGUAAUUCCACGCCAAGACCGUCCAUGGCCACCUUUACUAAAACAGUCCAACCAACAGAUGCAACUGAUAUUUUAAACAGUUCAAAAAAGAUUAAAGGCGAAUAUGAUUAUGACUAUACAGAACCUACUUUACCACCUUCAUUACCUAAUUUAAAAAUCAUACCAUUUGUGGCAGCCGAUGCGGUAGUUGAUGAUGACAUAUCGCCAAAGGAACCUUUAACAUAUCCUAUUCUUGAGAGGGAAGACAAGUACCCUGUUUAUUACCCCACGAUUGAAUCUAAAGAAACACCCUUUGCGACUAGACGCGAAGAUGUAUAUAAACCAACAAAACAUCCAAUAUUUGUGUCUGGUAAAGUAGAAUCACAGUAUCCGUCAGUAUCUCAUGGCGUAGAUUUGCAGAAUACUGGAUAUACUAGUUUACACAAUGAUUUAGGUACAACGCAUAAUUACACAGUAUCUAUGUCAAUAGGAGAUGCUAAUGUUGAUAAAUCGGCACUUAAAACAUCUAGCACAAGUUCCACUUUUGAUGUGCAAAUACCAGAAGAAAAUUUAUUUUCACCUCCAGUAGAAACCGAAGGUGGAUUUAUACCAAAAGGGCCUGGUAUUAUUGAUGAAUAUUAUGCGGUAUACCCAAGUACUCCCUCAGGACCGGCAGUUCCACAUCUCACAACAUCUAUGCAGAUAGAUAUUAAUAGAGGUGAAUGUAUAUCUGGAGAUGGUCGUCAUAUACCAGAAGGGAAUUCAAUAUCUUUGGCAUGUUCUAUAUGUACCUGCUCCUGGGGAGAACUGAAUUGUUCUCCGCGACCAUGUUUAACUCCUCCAGGGUGUAAAAGGAAGCCUGCUGUUACUAAUAAUGCAGAUCUAUGUUGCGGCGAAUUAAUUUGUAAUAAGGAUAACAACGUCUUAACAACACCAAUAACCAAUAUAUCGUCAAACAUAAACAUAAUUGAAGGGAGUAACCUUAACAAUAGCGAUACAUCGCUUCAAAACAAUACGGAGCCGAAUGGAACUUUAACUUUUCCAAAUCAUAUCACACAGAUAGCAGAUAAUAGUACUAGUAUACCUGAAAUCGAUUCAAUACCCACGGAUGUUGUCAAUAAAGUGCCAAUUGCAAAGAAUGAGACAGUAAAAUUCCACUUAACAACCACCACAAUUUCUUCGACACCAUUAGAAAAAUUGCCUACUGAUUCAAAUACGAUAACAACGAUAACGAAUAUACAUAAAGAGUUGAAUAACACUAAAACUAGUUCGCAAGAAUAUGAAGACGAAGAAGAAGAUGACGAAGGAUUUUCAUUUGGCAGCGUUUUAAAACUCUUGUUGAGCGAUAGCUACGAAACAACUACAGUUGCGCAGCACACGAAGAAGCCUGUAAGUGUACAAAUAAGUACUUAUACCACGCAAAAAGUAUCAACGACAACACCGUUAACAACUACUACAAAACGCGUAUCAACGAAACCUACUUUAGCUCCAUUCAUUCCAAUGCCACCACAUAUUCCGUAUGUACCACCAAAGAAAUCGUUUCCUCUAAACACAGUUAAUAGAAUUGAUCAUUUAGUUCUUGGAGAGGCAACAGCUAUUAAAAGAACAACAUCGCGCCCUGCCACUGUCUCUUUUCAGCCGACAUUUAAGCCACUCAAGCCUGUAAACAGAAGAUCGACCACGCCGAGGCCUAUUACGACAAGAUACAUGGAAACUAGUACACGUAAAAAAGAACAGCCAUCUGUUCAGUAUACACCGGAAUCUGCGGAAAUUUCUAGACCACAUGCGCCUAACCUUUUGCCAGUAGGACCGGGAUUAAAAUUGGCUGGCUGUAAUAUUUAUGGGAGAAUGUACCGCGUGGGAAGGAUCAUAGCAGAGUUAUCGACGCCAUGUCAAGAAUGCUGGUGUACAGAGCUAGGUGUUCAGUGUAAGCCACUCAACUGUUGAAAGAGAAGAAACAUUUGGCACUGCAACAAUAACUGAUGAACAUUAGUUGCUUUUACACGACAUAUUCUUUUUACAUCCUAAAGGAUAAGAAAGCUGACGCGCAGAACAGUGAGGCAUUGCAUUCAUCCUUUCGCAUUGUUCACGCAUGUUUUCACCCUUUCAUUCAUGUUUCGGCGUAUGAUUCAUAUCAUUACAUUUACUUUUAAAACUUUAAUUUUUAUAAUGCAUAUUUUAUUUUCCAGUGACACGUUUCAAAUUUGCAUCAAUAACUUUAUGAUUUCCUUUUUCCCAUAGUCAGAUAUCCGCCAUUUUGCAUAUCUAAAUAAUAUACAUAUAGUUGAGCUGAGUUUCUUGUCAGUUCUUCUCACCUCUAAAUCAUUUCGAACUGACGGUAAUUUGACAUAUCAUAACAGUCUGUAAUAGAUGAAAUGAAUGAUCUACAUUACAAUUACCUACAUGAAUAAAGAGAUUUUGAAAAGAUAAGUUAAAAAAGAAACCGCUAAUGCACACACGAUUGAAGAACGUAAGAUUGCACGAGUCGAGACUCUCUCGUUCUGGUUCUAUAUUUACAUGUACAUUCUUUCUUGCGUAAAAGCCUAUUGGCGCAUGAGAGAGCAUGCGUAGUGGCAGCUAAUGGAGUUUUAAAUUCAGAUGUUUCGGUUCUUGUUGCAUUAACAUUUGAGUUGUAUAUUUUUGUCCAUUGCCGUGCAUGCCUGACUAUGUAAUAUUUAAAACGCAUUUAUUGUACAGUUAUGUGUUAAGUGAGCGUGUGUUUGUAGUAUGUUAGGUAAAUAAGUGUUGAAUGUGGAAUGUAAUAACGAUGAUUUAUCUGGAGGGACAAAAUAUAAAUCCACAGCAGUGAUCUCAAAUCGAAAUAGUACCGAUAAAGCUUAUACAUUGAAAAAAAAUCGUUACUAAGUAACUAUUGUUAUAGAUGUUAAUAGUUAAAAUCUACUUAUAUUAAAUAUUCGUCACAUCAUUAAAUUAUCUACUUGCCUCAUGUAUAAGUUUAUCGUUAUUGAAUUAUCUUAAGACAAUCCUAUCUUAGACUUUUGAUAAGUAUUUUAGUUUUAAUAUUUGUAAUUAGGUAAA